AUGCCUUUGGGUGCGGCCGACGUCUUUUCGGCUCCAGAGCCUAAGUUUUCUGCGUUCCCGAGUAGGCGAAGUGUCGUCCAUAGUACUAAGGGUAUUGUUGCGUGUACCCAGCCAUUAGCUGCUGCUGCGGGACAAAGGAUCCUAAGAAAUGGAGGCAAUGCUGCGGAUGCCGCUGUCGCCGUUGCUGCGGCGCUUAACGUCACAGAGCCAUCCUCAACUGGCAUUGGUGGUGACAUGUUCUGUCUAUUUUACAAUGCAAAGACCAAAGAGGUGCACGCCCUGAACGGUUCUGGUCGUGCAGCGGGAUAUAUUUCUCUUGACCUUGUCCGCAAGGAGUUGGGACUUGCUCCUGGCGAAGAAGGCAAAAUUCCCAUGACCAGUGUACACUCUGUGACGACGCCAGGUGCUGCUGCUGGGUGGGUAGACACAGUGGAACGUUUUGGAAGCGGAAAAUUGUCCUUGGAGCAGAUCUUGCUACCUGCCAUCGAGCUGGGAGAGGAGGGAUUUCCUGUCUCUGAACUUGCCGCCAAAUUUUGGGAGGAGGGCGAAGACGGUAUUCGCAAAGCAUCGCCAAACUUUAGAGAAAUGCUGAAAGUAGACCCUGAUGGGGAGGAUGGUGUGAGAUCUCCGAAAGCAGGAGAAAUAUUCUGGAAUCCCACUCUUGCACAAACAUUUCGAACACUAGCCAAGGAAGGGAAGAAGGGAUUUUAUCAGGGCCGCAUUGGAGAAGCAAUUGUAAAAGUUGUGCAAGACCUGGGCGGUUACCUCACAUUGGAUGAUUUGAAAUACCACGCGGAAGUUGGCAGCCAAGCAGUCGACGCCAUUUCACUAAAACUCAAUCCGACCAACAUUGGUGGGACCAAGCGUGAAGGAAAGGGAGAGAUAGAAAUAUGGGAGCACCCCCCUAACGGCCAGGGUAUCGUCGCCCUCAUGGCACUGGGGAUUCUGGACGAAUUGUCCCGUACCGGCAAAAUACCCCACUUCACAUCAGCACAGCAUAACUCAAGCGUCUAUCUCCACGCCAUCAUCGAAAGUCUACGAAUCGCCUUCGCCGACGCAAGCUGGUGGGUGACAGACUCAGACGUUGAAAAAGUACCCACAAAGCAACUGAUUUCCCGCUCCUAUCUCGCUGAGCGUGCGAAACUCUUCAAUCCAGACAAGGCCGUUAACAUCCUCGACCGCGGCAGCCCCGCCCACAACCACUGCGAUACCGUUUACUUCGCCGUAACAGACCAUGAGGGCAACGGCAUCUCCUUCAUCAACAGCAACUACGGCGGUUUCGGUACCGGCAUUAUCCCGCAGGGCUGUGGCUUUACGCUGCAGAACCGUGGUGCUAACUUUUCGCUGACGGCCGGCCAUCCCAACGUCAUUGCACCCCGCAAACGACCCUAUCACACCAUCAUCCCCGCUAUGAUCACCAACCCGUUCGAUAACUCCCUGCACUCUGUUUACGGGGUCAUGGGCGGCUUCAUGCAGCCGCAGGGCCACGUGCAGGUACUGAUGAACAUGCUUGCAUUCAACCAAACACCGCAGGAGGCGCUGGAUGCCCCGCGCAUUUGCAUUGGCGCGGGAAUGCCGGAGCGUGGAAAGCCGCUGGACCGUACUGUGUAUUUGGAGGAGGGGAUUGAGGAGUCGGUGGUGGAGGGUCUGAGAGAGCUAGGGCACAAUGUUAUGGUUUUAAAGGGAUUCCAGAGAGGAAUGUUUGGACGGGGCCAGGUUAUUCGGUGCCAUUUCGAUGAGGGGAAGUUGAUCUAUAGCGCUGGAAGUGAUAUGAGGGGCGAUGGAGCUGCGUUUCCGGUCUAG